AUGGUGCCCAACCAGGAGGAGCCCGCCGCCGCGCCGCGGACGAGCGAGGGGCAGCCGCUCGGCCCCGCGCCCACGGGGGCCGCUCAGCUGCCCGGCCCGGGACCCUCAGAUGGCCCCGAGGCGGCCCCCGAGAAGGUGGAGGUGGAACUGGCGGGGCCGGGGGGCGCUGAGCCGCCUCAGCCCCCCGAGGGCGGCUGGGGCUGGCUGGUGAUGCUGGCGGCCAUGUGGUGCAACGGGUCGGUGUUCGGCAUUCAGAACGCCUGUGGGGUGCUCUUCGUGUCCAUGCUGGAGACCUUCGGGUCCAAAGACGAUGACAAGAUGGUCUUCAAGACAGCAUGGGUAGGUUCUCUUUCCAUGGGGAUGAUUUUCUUCUGCUGUCCAAUAGUCAGUGUCUUCACAGACAUAUUUGGUUGUCGGAAGACAGCCGUCGUGGGGGCCGCUGUUGGGUUCAUUGGACUCAUGUCCAGCUCUUUUGUAAGUUCCAUCGAGCCUCUGUACCUCACCUAUGGAAUCAUAUUUGCCUGCGGCUGCUCCUUUGCUUACCAGCCUUCACUGGUCAUCUUGGGACACUAUUUCAAGAAGCGCCUUGGCCUGGUGAACGGCAUUGUCACCGCAGGCAGCAGCGUCUUCACCAUUUUGCUGCCUUUCCUGUUAAGGGUUCUGAUUGACAGCGUGGGUCUCUUUGACACGCUGAGAGUCCUCUGCAUAUUCAUGUUUGUCCUCUUUCUGGCUGGCUUUACUUACCGACCUCUUGCUCCCAGUGCCCGUGAUAAAGAGAGUGGAACCAAAGGAGACAGCGGAAGCUCCUUCUUUUCCAGGAGAAAGUUCAGUCUUCCAAGAAGAGUUUUCAAUUUUGCCCUCUUCAAGGUGACAGCUUACGCAGUGUGGGCAAUCGGAAUACCACUUGCACUUUUCGGAUACUUUGUGCCUUAUGUUCAUUUGAUGAAACAUGUGAAUGAAAGAUUUCAAAACGAAAAAAAUAAGGAGGUGGUUUUGAUGUGCAUUGGCAUCACUUCGGGAGCUGGACGCCUGCUCUUUGGCCGAAUUGCAGAUUAUGUGCCUGGUGUGAAGAAGGUUUACCUACAGGUGCUCUCCUUCCUCUUCAUCAGUCUGAUGUCCAUGAUGAUCCCCCUGUGCAGUGUCUUUGGAGCCCUCAUCGCCGUCUGUCUCAUCAUGGGUCUCUUCGAUGGAUGCUUCAUUUCCAUCAUGGCCCCCAUUGCCUUUGAGUUAGUGGGUCCCCAGGACGUCUCCCAAGCCAUUGGAUUUCUGCUCGGGUUCAUGUCUAUCCCCAUGACCGUGGGCCCACCUGUUGCAGGGUUCCUUCGGGAGAAGCUGGGCUCCUACGACGUGGCCUUCUUCCUUGCUGGAAUCCCUCCACUUAUUGGAGGUGCCAUUCUUUGUUUUAUCCCAUGGAUCCAUAGUAAGAAGCAAGGAGAGACCAAUAAAACUACUGGAGGAGAAAAGAGGGAAAAAAUGUUGGAGAACCAGAACUCUCUGCUAUCAAGCUCCUCUGGAAUCUUCAAGAAAGAAUCUGACUCUAUUAUUUAAUGUCUUACAUACCUCCACCAGACUGGACUUGCUUUCAAAAGUUAAAGCAAGUUUUCCUUUACUAUGAAUGGCAAAUUUCUUAUUUUUUUAAGAUCACAUCCAAAGGAAUAGCACAAUAAUUGGGAAAUGGGACCCUUAUUACUACAAGAACCGUUUUCUGCCACUACAUACAUACCUGCUUGGUAUUUUCAUGAGUCUGAGGACAGUGAUUCUGGUACAUGAAAACGUGUCUGAAAGUCAAAUUAUAUUUAAUUGUGAGAGAGAAUUUGAAGCUUUCUCAUUAAAAAGCAGCGUUGGAAACUGAAUGCUAUUUAGCUUUUACAAAUAUUUUUAAAUACCUCAAGCUACACUGAAAGGGUUCCAGUUUGAUUAGGACUGGAAAUACUGUUUGUUGUCUCACAUGGAGUCUUUAGUUCUGGUUUCUGGUGCCUCUGUUCUUGGAAACUUUUUACAAAUUCAAGCCUGGAUCUACCUAAACCUCGUGUUAAAGUUGCUUGCCUACUGUAAAGAAGCUAUGAAAUUAUUAAGAGAUCCUGACUUGCUCCAGUGUGAAAUCUUGUUCUGGUGUCAGUGGACCUUUCGUAGAGCAGAUGCUAACAAUGUAUUCAGAAUCAAUAUGUGAGAGGAAAAGAACCCUGCUCGUAAAGCAGAGCAGUUCAGAAAUCAGGCAUUUCUUCCAUUUACAUUUGCUUCCUUUGGAUUUUCAGUGUGUUUUACUUAAGUAAGCUAGAAACACCCCCGAAUUUCUGAAUUUGUUUAAUUGUAGAAAUAAAGUAAAAUAGAAUGAGUGAAAGGCAUUCUGGCAAUUUUAACUUAGAAUUUUUUUACCUUCUGGAUUUGUUAGCUCUAGGACCUGAUAUUUAAAAAAAAAAAAAAAAAAAAAAGCAUUAUUGGGUAUGUUAUCAAAUUGCAGAUAUAGGCACAAAUAAGGGGAAAAAAAACACAAUUUUAUGCCUGUGAUAGAAACAAUUGCUUCAAUUGGUUUAUGAAAUUAAUGGGUCUUAAAAGGCUAAGAGCACUUAUAAAAAAAAAUAAUUUCUAUACUUCCAAAACUUUCUGGCAAAAAUUUGCAUUCGUAUUUAUUUAUUUAUCAUAGUGUGCUUACCAUUAAUGUUCCAGUUAUUAUUUCUGUUUAUACACAGAAAGCUAUUAGAGUUCCGAGGACCUAAAAUUAAACUAAAGUCACUCCAUGACCCAUAUUCAUUUACAAAAACAGGAACACUUUCCUCAUCCCUUGAAUUGUAUUUUAUUUUUAAAAUUUUUAUUUAUGUCUUUAAAAAUUAGGAAUAUGCAUGGUAUAUUUGAAUCUAACUGUAGAUGUACAUUAAUCUUCCUUGAAUGUAGCUGUUCACCUGGUAUGACUACUGUCUUUUUCUAAAGCACCUUCAGGAUCCAUCUGUUUCUAAAUUCUCUGUAAGAAGAGAAACUUGAUCUAAUAGAUCACUAUUUUUCAGUUCCAAUCCAUUCCUUGCCUCUGGCUGAGGAUGGAGUUACCUGGAGAGCAUAUGGAUAUGUAGUUGUUGAUUUUGAGGGUGGAAGGUAGGGGGACAGAGGGAAGUGAGGCUGUUCAUUGAAAGUUGGAAAAUCCAAUGACUUUUCUUUUCAGUAUCAGCUUUCUCAUCUGCCACAUUAAAAGUUCAAAGUAUAAAUGCUAAAUCUGGAAUUUAUUUUUAAUAUGAUUUUAAAUAAUUUUUAUAGUGAUGACAUUUAGCAACUUACUAUGCCAUAUACAUUGUUGUAGUUUAACUACUUCCCAUAUUUCCAUAUUUCAAAUUCAGGGGCUUAGGUUAGUUAAUUUGUCUAUGGAAGGCUCUAUUGCAGAAAAAAAAUCCAUGUUUUGACCAUGCUGUCCUUUCAUGUUCUCAUUUUUAAGCUUUUAGAAAAUUAUUUAGAAAUGAUAAUGUAAUACAUUAUCAAGUUCUUCAUUUAUUCAUGCUUUGUUACAUAAGACAUUACUUCCUCAUUAUUAUUGGUGCUUUUGAGAAGCUCAGCAAUAACACAUCACACAACCAAGAUUCAUCAUCACGCCUGCCAUUUAUAAAAUGUUUACUUAUGUAUAGUUUCAGCAAAGACUCCUACACAUAAACUAUAAAAAUACUGAUUUUAUGGAAUGAGUAAUUUCAAAAUGGAAGAUUUAGUCCUAAAGACCUCUACAAUUUUUUGCCUUUCAAAAUUUGUCUGGUUUUAGAGAAAGAAAAAAAAACCUGAAACCCAGCGUCUUAAUCUUGCUUUGUUAGUUUCCAUAUUAAAACAGCAAAGUGACUUAAGUAUUUAUAAUGAAAAUUAGUUCUCAGCAUAAUGUGUUUGCAUGUAAUAUUACACGUUUGUAGUUGUCAGUGUAAUGGAAUGGACCCAUAACACUGAGGAAGCACCACAAAAAUGGACUCUUUUAAGGAGAGUAGUCUGCUGUAAUAAUUUUUUUUUAAGUAUAAUGAUAAGCUUCUAAAGUCCAUAAAAAGCUUACUUAGCAAUAUGUUGUUUGGUAGGAAAAGUUCUAAAAGUUUAAAAUAUAAAAACCAAGAAAAUGAAAAAUACUAACAUUCAUAAAGGUUUGUGUUUCUUUUGUACCAAAAAUUAGUACUUCAAUUUUUCUGUCAAAGUGAAUCCUGUCUUAUUUCUGAACAGAGUAUUUCUGCUGUAACAAAGUGACCUGAUGGGUCAAAGGUUAAGAAGGUUCUGGCAUUUGCUGCAACAACCCUGUAAGAAGGAGAGCAUCUAUUCUCCAAGACAUUGUAGAUCAGCUGCUAUUGUGAUAGAUGCCCGGGAAUCUUCCAGAAAUGUUUUGAAUUUUAUUGCAGUGGAUAUUGUUGGGGCCCAUCCGUUUCGGUAAUGAUACACCACCCAGACUUCCCGGACUUCAAAAUUUGUAAAUCCCUUUGAUCACAGUUGUAGAGCCCACUCCAUUCCUUCUUCAAGACUUGCAGUUCCACUUCCCCAACAGUGCUUGCAUGAAGCUUCAAAUUCUGUUGAUAAAUAGAACAGGACUACACAUUUCGUAAUCCAUCUAUUGUCAGUUAAACAUGUUUGCAGAUGAUUCCAUGGGACCUGUCCAACUGUGGAAAAACUGAUGCUGUCAGCUUCAACUUCCCACACUUUUAAAGUAAAUGUACAGUUAGUUGUAAAGCAAACAUACAUUUUACCUUUGGUGGUUUUAAUGCUUCUUAACUGCACUUAAGAAUAUUUUCAUCUAUACCGAUAUUAUUUGUAAACUGUCCUAUGUCCCAAUGACUUUUGAUGUUAAAUCAAUAGAAAACUGAAUAGACAAUGAGGUCCUAGACUGGGGGUGGACAACCAGCAUGUGGGUGGUGCAAUCACCCCUUUCCUAAGUACCGUUCUUCUUAUUCUUCUCAGAUCACCUUUAUCCUCAUCGCUACUUUGUCUCAUUUUCCCUUUACUUCUCCCUUUCCUUCAGAAAGCUGCUGAAGAGUCUAUUAACACCUUUGCAUGGUUUCACUGGUUGCUUAGCUGGUUAGGGUUCCUAUAGUUUCAGUGAAUGGAUCCCCACCUAAUUUCAUGCAACCUGGAGAAGAACUGCUCCCAGGCUUCAGUGUUAAUGGUCUAAACUGAAAUUUUUUAAAAUACAUGAUUAAAAUAUUUGAGGGAAGUAGUAAGUUUCAUGUAAAUGGCAUCUUUUGUGCUAAUAUUUAAAACUUUAAUUUUUACUUGAAAUUUUAAGGUAGAACCUUUGAGAGAAAAAAUUGCCAAAUUCUUAGCAUAGAUAUUUCCGGAGAGCAUACUUUUUUACUUUAAUUUUGAUAUUCCAUGAAAGGUUUGCUAAAUCUGUGUCCUGGGAGCACAUCAUGGAGGGUGACUCGAAUGUGGAGGGCCUCGUGGGUGCAGUUCCUAAGAAGCCUGCCUUAGCGUGGACGAAAGGUGAUGAAGGGUUUUGGACUCAGCUCCCAGACUCCAGAACUGUAAGGAGAAAUACAUAAGCUAAUUAGCUCCAAAAUUUAAAUAUAUACACAAUUUAAACAUGCAUUUAAAAAUCUUUAGGAAAUUUCUAACACUGAAAGAGACUUCCUUGCUGCCAGUAUAAACAUUAAUGAACAAUUUUUGUAUGAGAAUAUAAAUUGUUGCUUUUUCCAAUGUGUUGUCCUAAAAGGAGGAGGAAGUGAAAUUUUAUUACUUUCUUUUUACGUCCAUAUCCGUUUUUAAUUUGAAAGGCAAAUGGUGUCCUGGCUAAUAGAAAAAUGUGCCAUCCAUAAGAGUUUAAUCAACUCUUAAAAACACAAACCUUAAUAAAGUUGAAUUAAAAAAAAAAAAGAAAAAAA